GGCCGCUCCCAGGCUCCGGGCUCGCAGCGGCAGCCGCGUGGGCGCCGCCUCGGUGACUCUGUAGCGGGGCGGGGAGGCUGCUGCUGCUGCCGUCGGGCGCCUCCCCGCCCCCUCCCGGGAGCCGAGUCCCGAGCUAGCGGCGCCAUGAGCGGGGACCAGCCGCGCUGGGGACACCGGGAAUCAUAUGUAAAAGAAAUUAAAUACCCAGAGUCAUCAUUCCUCUCUGAAUGCAGAUCACUUUCAUCUCAAGCAUCAAAAGAACAAACAAAGCCAAGUCUAACCUCUGACUACAAAUAUCUGAAUAAUGAAGCCUCAGGAAGAUCAUUAGGAUGUUUUUCCUUUGAAAGUAGCUGGAGGAGCGCAUUGUUAAAGACAGAAAGGAUAAAAAAAGCAGAAUACUCUUCAACCUUUGGCUUGAGAGACUGCGAGGAGAGUACUGCAAUACCAAACCUUACUCAGGGAGUCCAGAGCUAUCAAGAAAACCUAUCUCCUAUUCUGCAGAUGAAAAAAGGAUUUGCAUAUGGUGCUGCUAAACCAUUUCCAACUGGCUCUUAUAGUAAAGAUGACAAUGAGCAUAUCUGUGUGCCAACUUCAUACAUACUGCCACAGACCUCAUCACAGUACUUAGGAUACGAGUUUUGCAAAAAAAGGGGAGACAUACCUGUGGGGGAUCUGCAGAAGAGAGGACUAGAUUCUUGGAACCCAAGUCCACUGAAGAUGCCAGCCAUUCAUGAUGGAGCUGGAGAGAUAGGAGCUUUGAGAUAUAUUAAUUCCAAGACUUUUCACUGUGACAUCCAUAAAUCCAAGAAGAAUAACCACGUUUCCAGCAUAUGUUCACUUCCAGUGGGACCCAGAUACAAGUUUGGGGAAACUGAGACAGAGGCUGCGACUGACUCAAGGCCAGAGAGGACAUCUGUCAGAGCUGGGAUUAGAACUGAAGUUACUGGUCGCUAAUCUUGUGAUUCACUGAGUAGAAUACUGGUCUCUAAACCAGUGGUUCUCAAACUAGGGCCACUGCUUGUUCAGGGAAAGCCCCUGGUGGGCUGGGCCGGUUUGUUUACCUGCCGAGUCCGCAGGUUUGGCCGAUCGCAGCUCCCACUGGCCGCUCCAGGCCAAGGGGGGCUGUGGGAAGGGUGGCCAGCACAUCCCUCGGCCCACAGCUCUAAACAGUAUGAUGAGAUCAGAGAAAAGAUGACUUGAAUGAACCCACUGACUGACUGCCAGUGUCCCUAUAUUUGAGGAAGAAAAUAACUACCAAAAAGUACGUGAAACAUCUGUGUUGUGACUUUUUCAUUAGAAGAUAUCUCUGGAAAGUGCUACUUCUAAACUCACUUGACCAUAUUGGCCACUUAAACUUUGUUAUGCUGAAAUAUUGAUCUAGCAAGUACUGGUUUUAGGUUAGCUUGGUUCCAAACCACAAUUGUAUUUAUACUGCUUGGAAGAAUUAGUAGGUAGCAAAUUAAUCUGUCAGCAGUAUGCUGUGUAAUAGUUUAAUAUUUGUAAUACUGAAAUAAAAAUGUCUCCAGAUGAAAUGCGUACCUCUUAUUAAAAGCCCCAUAUGUAAAAAUAUUUCUACAUGUGGUGGUAGAAGAGCUAAAAAGCAAUGUGAAAAGAAGUAGGAGAAAAUGAAUAAUAGUGGGACUGAAAACCAGUCCGAUAUCAGUUUUUUUCAUAAUUUGCCAAAAAUAUUAUAGUUAAAAAUGUCAGUAUCAUACAUAUUUUGGCUUGUCCACUGCCCCUUUCAGUGUGGAUUUGACUGUUUGAUGUUCACCAUUUAAAAAUGCAUAUACUGUCAAGACUUGUUUUCUAGAAUCUUGCAUCCCCAUGUUGAGGUUUUAAGUUGAAAGUGGAAUGCCAAAUUUUAGGGUCAGACAAGUGACUCAUUAAACACAAACCAACUUCUCAAGUAACUGUGCUAAAGACAUAUUUCUUAUUAAAGGUACUUAAGACCUACCUGAUUUAGUACGGUAGAAUCAAUGGUUUCCC